GAAGACCUUAUACCAGGAGGUGAUGCUGGAGACUUGUGGCUUCCUGGUCUCACUGGGGCAGCUGGUUCCCAUUCCAGAGCUGAUAUACUUCCUGGAGCCUGGGCAAAAACUAUGGACAGUGAAGAGAGAUCUCUCCGAAAGCACCUGUACAGGUGAAAAAGCAAAACUUGAGACCAAAGAGCCUCCUGCCUCACAGCUGGCCUUCACUGAGGAAGCCGCUUUUAAGGAAGGAGUGACACAGAGAGCCUCAAGGGAUUCCAGGUUGGGGCAAGUGAGGGAUCAGGAAAAACUAUCGGAAAUGCAGGAAGAGAGCUUAAGGCCAGGAACAGACCCCCACCAGGAGACAUGCCAUAGGAAGCUCAGCCAUAAACAUGAUGAUUUGGAGACAGAUGAUAGUCUGUGUUUAAGGGGAUUAAAGGAACAAGUCACUACACAAGAUGUUCUGCAUGAACAUGAUUCCCAAGGACCAGGGAAAGACUCUAUGGCUGGUGCGAGAAAUAACCUCUACAAAUGCAAGGAAUGUGGAAAGGGGUUUAGCAAGAAUUGGAUUCUUAUUCAGCAUCAACAGAUUCAUGCUGGAAUGAAGCCCUAUGAAUGCAAUGAAUGUGGGAAAGCCUGUCGGUAUAUGGCUGAUUUUAUUCGACAUAUGAGGUUUCAUACUGGGGAAAAACCAUACAAGUGUAUCGAAUGUGGGAAGGCCUUCAAACGAAGGUCUCACCUCACAGAGCACCAGCGUAUUCACACUGGAGAUAAGCCCUAUGCGUGCAAAGAAUGUGGUAAAGCUUUCACCCACCGCUCCACUUUCAUCCAGCAUAAUAUGACCCACACGGGAGAAAAACCCUUUUGGUGCAAAGAAUGUGGAAAAGCCUUUUGCCUCAACUCAUCUUUCACUCAACACAUGAGAAUUCACACUGGAGAGAAACCCUAUGAGUGCAACGAAUGUGGCAAGGCCUUUACUUAUCGUGCCACUUUUAUCAGGCAUAAGAGGACCCAUACUGGAGAGAAGCCCUUUAAGUGCAGACAAUGUGGCAAAGCCUUUUGUGACAGCUCUUCCUUAAUUCAACACAUGAGGAUUCAUACUAGCGAGAAGCCCUAUGAGUGCAGGGAAUGUGGAAAGGCUUUUACACACCACUCUGUUUUUAUCCGACAUAACAGGACACACAGUGGAGAAAACCCGUUGGAGUGUAAAGAAUGUGCAAAAGUCUUUUACUAUAGCUCUUCCUUUAAUCGACACAUGAGGAUUCACACUGGAGAAAAGCCCUAUGUAUGCAGAGAAUGCGGAAAAGCCUUUACCCAACCUGCAAAUUUUGUUCGGCAUAAUAGGAUCCACACUGGAGAAAAACCCUAUGAGUGCAAAGAAUGUGAAAAAGCCUUUUGUGACAACUUUGCCUUAACUCAGCACAUGAGAACUCACACUGGAGAGAAACCUUUUGAAUGCAGUGAAUGUGGGAAGGUCUUCAGCCACAGUUCAUCUUUCACUCACCAUCGAAAGAUUCAUACCAGAGUUUAAAAGGUGUAGGAAGGUUUUUUCGAGUGUGUUCACCUCAGUCAAUUUUGGUGAACUCUUCCGGUGAAAUACCUUUCCUUUUGAAUAUAACUAAAGAUGAAUAUUAACUAAUAUUCUACUUUUGAUAGAGCUGCAGGAUGUGUGAUGGGCAGUGCACUGUGUGGAUAAACCUCUGGAGCGCCCAGCUCAGGUAAACAAACGCAGGGAGGCAGCCAAAAUGAGUUAAACAUGUAGUGUUUAGAAGUUUGAGAAAU